AUGGAUCCCAGCAAUGGCAGCAACAGCGGGAGCUUCACAGAUACGGCCACGUCCAACUUCAAGCUGAUCUACAGAGAAAAAGUCGCCCACGGCGUAUUGAUGAUCGUCGCAUUUGUCAUUCUAUUUCCCUCGGCAGCUCUAUACCUCCGACUUGGUCGGUCUUCCAACACCGUGGCCAUCCAUGGCGGCCUCCAGAUUUUUGCACUCGCCGUGGCGAUUGCCGGCUUCGGUCUCGGAAUAUCGCUGGCCAACAAGUUUGGUCUGCUGACGCAUUAUCAUCCCAUUAUCGGAAUCGUCGUCGUCGCUGGUCUCGCGAUAUUUCAGCCUGCAAUGGGACUGCUACAGCACCGCUACUUCCGCAGAAGUGGAGGCAAGAGUAUUUUCGCCUAUCUACAUAGAUGGUUUGGGCGUGCUAUGCUAGCCCUUGGGAUCAUCAAUGUGGGACUGGGAUUCCAUUUAGUGAGAGAGGUAUACCCUUCUGAUGCCCCGUGGGGUGCUACCAUUGCUGUGUCAGUGGUAAUAGGCAUUGUCGGCAUUUCUUACAUUCUCGUUGUAGCUUUGACGGUGCGCGCGUGA